UAAAGGGGCAUGGUUCAGGCAGGCUGUGGACAAGCACUCAAGUUGUGAAUUGGAGUAUUGAGAGCCACCUCCUAUGCAAUUUGCAAACAAAAUUCAUUUAACAGGCUGCUGCCAGGAGUAUACACUGUAGCAUUCUCCUACAGUCAACUUUCCUGACUAAAAGAGACAUCUUGAAAUACAGAAGGGGAGAAGACCAGGGCAAAGCUUGGAAUGGAUCUGAGUCCAGGAAUUCAAAAGAUGUCUGUAAGCCAGCAGCAGUCAGGAAGAGGUGUGCCCUGUUUACGAUGCAGAGGGAUGUGUACAGGCUUUGAGCCACAUUCCUGGAGGAAAAUAUGCAAGUCGUGCAAAUGUAGCCAGGAAGAUCACAGCCUCAGCUCUGAUGCAGAAGAUGACCGGAAAAUUGGCCGCUUGUUAUCAGAGUCAAAGUACUCUACGCUCACCGCCAGGGUGAAAGGUGGGGAUGGAGUUCGUAUCUACAAAAGGAAUCGCAUGAUCAUCACCAACCCUAUCGUGUCUCGGAAAGAUCCGACGUUUGACACUAUAACAUAUGAGUGGGCUCCUCCAGGACUGACCCAGAAGCUGGCUAUACAGUACAUGGAACUGAUUCCAAAGAAGAUGCAGCCGAUAGCAGGCACAGAAGGAGCAUAUUACCGUCGUAGACAGUUGAUGAGACAGCUUCCUAUUUAUGACCAGGAUCCUUCUCACUGCCGUGGCCUUGCUGAAAAUGAGAUAAAGCUGAUGGAAGACUUUGUAAAGAAAUAUAAAAAUGAUGCUCUGGGAGUUGGCGAAGUUGCACUUCCUGGCCAAGGUGGCAGUGCCAAGGAAGAAGGGAAGCAUCAAGACAAAAAUGCGGGUACAAGCAAGCCAUCUGUUUCAACCAAUGGAGCCCUCAGUGGUCCACCAGCAGGAGCAGAAUAUUGCUGUGAAAUCUGCAAACAGGUGAUGCCUACAAAUUGCCCUGUGGUGUAUGCUGACAGAGCAGGCUACAGCCACCAAUGGCACCCAGCAUGUUUCGUGUGCUGCAAGUGCUCAGACCCUCUGGUUGACCUGAUCUACUUCUGGAAAAAUGGUGCAGUGUGGUGCGGACGUCACUACUGUGAGAGCAUAAGGCCACGUUGUGCAGCCUGUGAUGAGAUAAUAUUCUCCGAGGACUACCAGCAAGAGAAUGGGCUGACUUGGCACAAGAAACACUUUACCUGCCUGGAGUGUGAGACGCUGCUGGCUGGCAAAUCUUUCAGCCUGGAUAAAGGAAAGAUUCUAUGUACAACCUGCAGCAAAAGCAAGCAUCCCUAAACACCAAGUAAUGCAAAAAACCAAAGUCUGUUCUCCUAGAUUCAAACAAGAAUUAAGUUCAGAAUAGACCCCUGCCUGUUUACUAGCAGGCAACUAGAAACCCCCUUAAAUUGAACAGGUUUGAAGGGGAAAAAGUGACUCUUUUUGGGGGGAACAAAAAGCAAAUUCAUAUAUAUGCAGGGGAGGGAGGGAAGAAGGGGAAAGAGGUCUUUGGACUCUUACUAGGAAGGGAUAGAACCCAAACCACUGACAUAAGCAGUUUCUGUAGCUUAUCCACAUUGGGUUAAACCUCAUAGUAAGAACAGGUGAGCUAUUUGAUCCCAAGAAGUCCUCACCCAUACCUCCAACUGAAAGAUCUUGCUGCAUUCUUUUCUGAAGCAAUUUCUCUCAAAAUUAACAUUUUGGCAUACAAAGCUGGUCACUAAUUAGCUUUAUGAAAUCCAUGUAUUCAUAGAAUCCUGAUAAAUUGUACUAAAUCAAUAGCUUCAAAGAACUGGAUUAACGGAAGGGAUUAAGAACUGGGUACAACUCAUAUAAGCUCUGGAAGUGAGCAGGUUUCUCCUCAUUGGCAUCACUUUUUGGAAUGAUUUGGUGUACUGGUUUUCCUCAGUGACUAGGUGGCAAGACGAUUGUUUCAGUUAUCCUCUAAGAGCCUUGCAUAUCUAAACUAAUGGCAGAGUUGUACAACACUGACUAAUCUGUUUGAAAUUUGACUCAAUACAAAUAUUCCUGGCAAUUCUGAAUAUAUAGCAGCACACCCAUAGGCUCAUAUGAUCUUCACUUUGUAUCCACCUACAAAGCCUUUUGCAGCUGGUGGAUCUGCAGGAAGAGGCACUGUUUCCUCUGAUUUGUAGCACGCUGGUCUCAAAGGCAGGAAAGGCAUUUAAAAUGUGAAUCUCAAACACCAUAUUUUUGGUCUGGAAACACAUGUUCUCACAAGAAGAGUCUGCCAUACUGUGCCAUAUGUGCUGUGAUGCCAGCUUUUCCCAUAGUGCUUUAAUAUUUCCACAAGAAAAUAGAAAAAAAGAACCCCUUUCAUUUGUGGUUCUCAGGCUAUGGCUAUCUAUUCACCAAAUACUGGAUUGAAAUCAUCAGCUGAAUUUGCAUCAGAUGGGCCACUGAAUGGCCCCCAAAUUUUUACAACACCAUCCUGUGCUGGAUUACAACCAACACUCUGUCAUGUUACCACUUCCUCACAUUCAUCUGACUCUUUCAAUAGACAGAGAAUAGCCAAAUCACUGACAUGUGUAUGCCUAUAUUUGCUUAGUUUCUACAUACCUUAAUUACUUUCUAAAAAGAAGUGGAAUCUAGUUUGCAAAAAUAUUUCAGAAUUAGAGAUGUAAUAAGUUAACACUUGCUCAUUAACGUUCUUUGAAAUGUGUAAGAUGCUUGUAUCUCUCCUUUGGAGAGAUUAGGUGCACUCUGAAUAUGGGCAUAACUGCAGUCAUAGUACUACAUAUAAAAAUGAAUCCAAUUUUAAUUGCUAAUUAACUUACAACUUUGAAAGUUAGAUGCACACACCCAGCUCUCAACGUUGCACUUCUUCAGCUGCAUAUUUGAACACAUAUGCUGUUUGCAAGUCAAAACCCAUAUGUAUAGUACAUUAGUUUGACUUUGAACUCAGCUUCACUUCUGCCAUGGAAAAAAUCUGUCAAUUUGAGUGAAUCAACAGAAGCCAACAUCUCUGGGUAGGGGUAGUUUUUGAAUGGAUUUAUCUAAACAUGAGUCUGUUUGGAGGUAUACAUUAAAAUUCAAAGGGAAAUCUCUUAUGGAUGAUAAUAACUUAUCUAACAUGAUUUUAAUUGGUAUUCCUUGACAUCAUAGGACAAUAAAAUAAAUGAAUUAAACCCUACCUCCAGGACUAAAACAACAGCAUCAACAAUUCUGAGGUUGUGAUAAGUCUUGGGAGUGAUGAAAAUGUAUUGUCUGUUUGGUAGCUACACAAUGCAUAUUCCUGGGAUUGCCUGUGGCCAUUUUGUCAAUAUGACUCAUCUCUGAUUGUAUCAUGGAUAUUUUGACUAUUUGGGGGUAUCAGUUACUUCUGUGAACUCAGUAGAACGCUGUAAAUCAACAGAUGCGUCAACUCCAAGUUAUGCUAAGAAUUAUUAAGCCCUGUUUGAAUAGCUUUGGAUACAAGUAGUCAAUGUGCUUUGAAUGUUAGCAAGUGUGAAUGAAAAAUAAAACCCAUGGCUUAGUUCUA